AACAAAGAUGAAAUUUAUUCAACUUGCGCUGUUCUUUCUUAUUGGAAUAUCAACUACGGAUACAUCGAACAAGACUCAACAAAUUUUCAAGAAAAUUGGAAAACGAUUCUCGCUGAGUGAACAUGGAUUAAUCCAACGGUUUAAGUUUUAUUGGAAGACUCAGGAGGAUGUGGAUGCUGCAAGAAAUCAUUCGGCUCAAUUGGUGGCUCUUCACUUGUUGAGACAAUCAUCGAAUCACAAUUAUAAGUUUCAAGAGAGUGCUGAUAUUUUGUAUAGUCUGAUGGAUAUAAACUUCGAGGGAAAGAUAUGCGGUGGAAUGGAAAUGCUGAAUUUCUAUCAAAUGGCUGAAUUCUGGAAACGACAACGAGGGACGUACCGGAGAAAUUCUGGAGAGAAAGUUUCCUGGAGUCCUGUUCCAACGGAGAGUAUAAAUGACAAUAUAUUCCUGGUAUCGUUUAUGGCACAUUCCACUUGGGAGUACUCUUCAAAGAUAUCUUAUCUUGUUAAAAUGGAACUUCUCGGAGAAAAACCAUACAGCAACUACACACUGACAAGGAUUGAAGAAGUUGGAGCAUGUACAGAGUAUGGUGUUACGAAUCUGGAAAACACUGAUAUAUUUUUGGAUCUUCAUGAAACUGACCCAGAGAGAGUUGAUACAAGGAAAAAAGUAUUCAAACAUUUCUAUGAACUAUUCACAAUGGAUAGAGAAGAGUCUGUAAUCCCAUUUAAUUGGCUAUCUUAUACCGGUGUAUCUGCUGAUCUCGACAUUCAAGUGUGUCACGGGAGUGAGUUGAAGAAAAUCGGAAAGUAUAAUUUUAUCGAUUGGUGGCUCUGGUUCCAGAAGAUGUAUCAUCCGGUGAAAGGCGAUCAACACACAGCGGUGCAAUUGACUGGUGGAGAGUACGAUCGAUUUGUAUUCAGAGUAACUAUGAGAGUUCAAAUUGGUACUUUAAUAGAUAACCCAGUUGAGGAAUUCAACUUCAAGAUUCAAGUUAGAUAUAAUGUUUAUGGCGACAAAGAAUGGAAUAUUGAUAAGUUCGAAGUGAUGUGCCCAUUAGUUGCAGUUCCAGAGAUUGAUUUGAUGAAGAAGCACGCAAUCGCUUUUAACCAGGUUAUUGGAGCAAGAAUUCAAAAGAUGGUUGACGCCCCAGAGAUGUGGUAUACAGCAGUUGAUGCUCUUACAACAUUGACUAGCCGGAAGUUUGAAAUUAGAAAUUGUGCAGGGCUCAAUGGAGAGACAAUGGAGAAGGCUAACAAUUUUGCGGAUCUGACGCACAAAUUCUGGGAGCUGAACAAAUCUACAAACGGACGGAUGGAAGGAUACGACUUGGGUGGAAUCAGUGAAUUCUCAGAAAUUUCGGAGAAAGUAUGGUUGUACAUAUUCAUCAUUUGGACACCACAACCUGAAAUACUUGUGCACCAAUCGCAAUGGACAUUUGGCUUAGAAUGGAAUAGUGAUUUACAAGCUUUUUCGAUUUUUUCAAUGAUACUGAGAUGUCCGAAAAAUGGGAAAGAAAGAAAACGUUUUAUUACACUUCAUUAAGAAAUCCAUAGAAUAAAUGAUUUUUUGACUAGU